UUCGCCAGUGCGACAAUGUUUGCCUAUACUGACAACUGGAAAUGUUCUAUUGGUAUUGUUUAAAUGACGCUGUAAGCCCUGAACACAGCAGUUAUUAUAGCAGUGUUUGCAAGUGGUGACCAUACUAUUUCAAUGGGUUCAUAGUCAGACCGUGUUCUAUCGUACUGACAACAAAAAUGAUCAAAAACAGAGGAUCUGGUCCUUCAAUUAGCAAGCGAACUAUCCUUUGGGAGAAUAUACCACGAAAAACAGACACGGAAAGUUAAUGUAAAAUACAUAUCUUUCGCUCGUAUUGACUAUAGGUUUCACUCUUUUUUCCCACCGACAUCUUCCUAGUUUGAACGAUGUAUCACUUCUGAGGCAAUUGAAUUACUGGAAAACAUGAAGUUCUGAAUCCGCAAUAAUGUCUGGUAACAAUUCAUUUACAGCGCGCUAAUGCUUUUUAGAGGUGAAAGGACACGGAUUUACAACCUGUAAAAGCUAGUUUCAUGUCAACUUUGUAAGCUAAAUAUUUCAUAGUUGUUUGAACAAUUUGGAAUGCUUAGAUUAGGUAUAAAAGGUUUCACUCUCAAACAAGUGGGCCUUAUAUUACAGUUUCAUCUAGCUUUUGCCAAUUAUUUGCAAUCAUAAAGUCAGCUUAGUUGUUGUACUAGAAAAAGUUACGUAAAUGCUAUAAGAAAGGCCUGAAUUAUACCACAUAUCGAAUCAAACGCUAAUGAAAAGGAAAUAUGACUGAACAAGACCAAAGAAACAGAGUUGUAUUUCUCGGCGCUGGCGGUGUCGGGAAAAGCUCCAUUUUGAAAAGGUUUCUGUUCAACACCUAUAGUGAUACUUACCUCGAAACAGUAGAAGACUUGUAUGCUAGGGAAUACACUAUUCAAGGUGCGGAGGUUAUAGUGGAUUUUCUGGACACCGCCGGAAAGUUGGUAUUUCCGGCAAUGAGGCGCCUUUCGAUUACCACAGCCCAUGCCUUCAUUCUAGUAUAUUCGGUGACCAGCUCCGAAACGUUUGAAGAGGUCAAACGCUUGUGGGAAGAGAUCAAGGAAGCAAGAAGUAAUUAUGAGGACUUGCCGUGUGUUGUUGUUGGUAACAAAGUUGACCUUGAGGAUAACAGGCAAGUGGAAAAAUUCGACGCUCUCAACUGGGUUUAUAACGAUGAAAACUGUGGUGCGUUUGUCGAGGUAUCUGCUAAAAACGACGAAAGCAUUAAAGAAGUGUUCAAAUUACUGAUGGAAAAGGCAAAGAAUCCAAGAGCAAAGAUCAAUGAACCCUUUAUGCCGCGCAGAUUGAGUGAACAUUCCCUGGAGGUGCAAUCCCAGGCAGAGGUCAGUGCCGAUAAAACUAGUGAAAAUGGGAGCAAGUUUAGUCGAACCAGAAGUCUUAUUCGCCGAGGAAGUAAGCCAAAGAUUCGAAAGUCUCACGCCCGCUCCCAUCACAGACAGGACUGUGGUAUUUCUUAGACAUUUCUGAUUAAAUAGCCCUUGACAAAUGAAAGACAAAAGCUGUUUAGCGUAUUCUAGCGAUUUGGACAAUACGUACUAUGUGAUUUAUUUUGAUGACAAGUAAUCAAAUGUAUGCACCUAUAAGCUUUCUAGGAAACUUUUUUAAAUCAUUUAAUCAAGAUUGGAACUGUUAUUGGAAUGCAAUAGUUAUCCAGAUUAAUUAAGCAUAUUUAGAAUAUUUCCAGCUGUGAUAUUAGACCCUUGAUUGACUAGUUUCAGUAAGUUUAACAAUAUUGUCGUGGUUACAUGAAACAUUAUACUAAGUAAACUAAUGUCCUUCUCUACAUUUUAUAUUUAAUAAGUGGUAUAUUUUAUUUUAUACCAUCGUUUCAGUUUAACACAAUAUCUUGCUACCCUCAAAAACAGUAUAAUUCUUUUCAAACGGCAGUGGGUUAAGUUAAAUGUACACUAUGUUCGCUAAAUAUUGUGUUCUUAUUUUUCUUUUAUUGUGCAAAAGAUUGACUGCUGUGAAAAAUUGUUGUUGUGUGUCCAAACUUUGGGCUUUCAGAAACAUAAGGCCGUCUAUUCUCGUGCAAAGUACUAAAUUACAUUAGACUAGAGCUUAUAUUACUUUUGAAAGUCUUUAACAAAUUAGAAAUGUUGACACGAUUGCUAACGGCUAUUAAUUAUAUUGCGUUCUAGUUAAUAUUUUAAUGUUUUAUAUAUCAACAGGCUCAUCUCACAAAGAAAUUAUAUCACACUGUAUCUUGCAUUAGACGAACAUGGAUGACUUUUCAGCUAUCUAAUAUGAUGUGAUCAUAAACAGAAAACUGUCGUUAUGAACUAUGCGUUAGCCAAGUUCAAAAAUAUAGAUUGUAAUUAGAAAUUUCGCUAAAACCACAUUUCUUUGUAUUUAACAAUCCAUAGUUCAACUUAACCAACAACCAGUCUCCAUAAAGAACUAACAGAUAUGCAUGGGUAAUCAUGCACUAUUUUACAUUUGAUGAAUAGCAACAUAUAAGUAGACUUUUUGUUUAAAACACCCAUAAAUUAUUUUGCAUAUUAACUAUACAUAUUAAAUAUAUAUUGCUUGUUAACUUAAAAACAUGAACUUAAUAGAGUUUGGCUUGAAUAGUAAUAUUGAAGAUACAUAAUAUACAAUAUAAAUCUGUCUUAAAGAGUAUUUAUUUAUAACUCAUACAUUCGGCAUUGUUUUUGACCACCGCAUAUCAUUGGAAGAUGUUGCAAAAACCAUAUCAACCUUAUUUCGUUUCUGAUCAUUAACUUGAUGAUAAAUAGCUUAAUAGCUGUUUCCUUGUCUGGUUACAUCAUAUUACAUUUCGAAUAUUAAAACUUCC